UGCUCUACUACGGCUUCUCCAUCGGCAUCACCUUCUACAACAAGUGGCUGAUGAAGAGUUUCCCGUUCCCGCUGUUGGUCACGCUGCUGCACCUGCUGCUCAUCUUCGCUCUGGCGGCGCUCGGCCGUGCCCUGGCGCAGUGCCGCUCCGGGCGGCCGCGGGCAGCGCUGUCCUGGGCCGACUGCCUCCGCCGGGCCGCCCCCGCAGCUUUGUCAACUUCCUUGGAUAUUGGGCUGAGUAACUGGAGCUUCCUGUACGUCACUGUCUCCCUCUACACAAUGACCAAAUCCUCUGCCAUUCUCUUCAUCCUGCUUUUUUCACUGCUCUUCAAGCUGGAAGAAAUGAGGGUGACGUUGCUGCUGGUGGUUCUGCUCAUCGCUGGGGGACUCUUCAUGUUCACCUACAAGUCCACACAGUUCAACGCCCAGGGGUUCGUGCUGGUGCUCUGUGCCUCUUUCCUGGGGGGCAUUCGCUGGACUCUCACACAGAUACUGAUGCAGAAGGCUGAGCUGGGCCUGCCUUUGUCCAUAUCAGAGAAGCUCUUCCGUUUCCAUGAAGCAGGAAUGCUGUUCUCUCUGGUAGGGAAGCUGUUCUUGGGUGGAAUUCUUGCCUUUGGUCUAGGCUUUUCUGAGUUCCUCUUGGUUUCCAGAACAUCUAGCCUCACCCUUUCCAUUGCUGGCAUUUUUAAGGAAAUCUGUAUUUUAUUCCUCGCCACACAUUUACUGGGAGACCGCCUCAGUCUCUUGAACUGGCUGGGCUUUGCUGUCUGCCUGUCAGGAAUCUCUCUUCACGUUGUUCUCAAAGCCAGGAAUUCCAAAGGUGACAAAGCACUGGAGCCACAAAAAGAGGCCAGCUCUGACCCUGACCUGGAGCUGCUGCUGCACCACCCUGAACAUGGUGAGGAAGAGGAAGAGGUGGUUGAAACCCCACAACAGAACUGACUGAACAUGAAGCACAAAGCCACCUGCUCUGUUCUAACCAAAUCUGCCUGACAGCUAUCCAGGAUGGAGGUCCAAAAGUCUCUGUGACCACCCAGAGCAGAGCCAGGGCCUGGUGAGAGAAUUCUGCUGUUCUGCUGCAGUGUGGAUCUGUAGAUGCUGCACAAGAAACAGGCAGUAUCCCUUUCACAGGAACUUGGGGGACAAGCCCUGGUUCAGUGGAUGUAGAAAGGUGAAGUGAAACAGGGAAAAGCUGUAAAAAAUCCAUAUGGGGAUCCUGGAGGCUGUUUACUGUGAGUGUAGACCGUGAGCUGUAGAGUGAACAUGGACAUGUCUGGACUGCAGCCUGAUUUUACUGCUCUUUAGGUUUUGACUUCAAAGGACAAGGUAGAUACACCUUUCCUUUUUUGUUUUUUUUAAUGUUUCUGCAAAUUAGGAACUUCCAUCCUGGUGGAUCAUACAACUGAAUAAAUCCCUAGAGUUGUCCCAGUGAGAAGGACCAUUUGUGCCUGGGGACCUCCAUGUUCUGUGUGCAUAGUAAGGACAGAAUUAAAUGCUGGUAUUUGAGACCAAUUGAAAAUGAUGAACAUUUCCAGAUGACGUUGGUUGGAGGGAAGACAGGGAUGCACGAGUGCUUCUGGUGCCACAGGCCAAGAGGAGAAUGAGCAGUGUCACAGGAGAUCUAACUUGAGCAAUAAACUUACCAGAAAGUAUGUGGGGUUUUGAGGGGGGGAUUUUUUGUUUUUUAAAUAAACUCUUUUUCUGACUCA